GAGGGCCCUCCACACAGCAGGGGCCCCGAGGCGGCUGCCGGGCCGGCCCCUCGGCCGGACUUCCGGCGGCUGGAGAUGGACCGGCCCGCGCAGCUUGCUUUGCAGAAGCUGAACCAGAGACGGGACAUCUCCUCCUGGCUGGCCCGAUGGUUCCCCAAAGCCCCUGCCAAGCCUGUGGUGGCCCUGAAAACACCAAUCAAGGUGGAGCUGGUGGCUGGGAAAACCUACAGGUGGUGUGUGUGUGGCCGCAGCAAGAAGCAGCCCUUCUGUGAUGGCUCCCACUUCUUCCAACGCACCGGCCUAUCCCCACUCAAGUUCAAAGCCCAGGAGACCCGCAUGGUAGUGCUCUGUACCUGUAAGGCCACCCAGAAGCCCCCAUUCUGUGAUGGCACCCACAAGAGUGAGCGGGUGCAGAAGGCAGAAGUGGGCUCCCCGCUCUGAGGGGGUGGCUGCCACUCAGCCCAAGAAGGGAUCACCCAGCGAACCCAGUACCCAUAGCUGGCUCGUGAAAGACUUCCAUAACCUGAGAUCUCCCAUCUGGGGCAGCUGGGAACAGGCCCCCGCUACAGUGCCUGUUGGUGAAGAUGGCAUUAAAUAAAUAUGCCCACCUCCCUCCA